GUAGCAGCUGCCAGGACGCGGGCUCACCCGGAAGCGGGGUGCGGCGCCGUGGGAGCCCCGACAGUGUGCUGGGCCCCUCUUCAUCACCAGGAGCAGAUGGCCGGGGACAGAGCCAAACCCUGUGAACUGGACCAAGAGAAAUAUGACGCCGAUGAAAAUGUGAAGAUCAUCUGUCUGGGCGACAGUGCGGUGGGCAAGUCCAAACUCAUGGAGAGAUUCCUCAUGGACGGAUUUCGGCCCCAGCAGCUGUCCACAUACGCUCUGACCCUGUAUAAGCACACUGCCACAGUGGAUGGCAAGACCAUUCUCGUGGACUUUUGGGACACAGCAGGCCAGGAGCGCUUCCAGAGCAUGCACGCCUCCUACUACCACAAGGCCCACGCCUGCAUCAUGGUGUUCGAUGUGCAAAGGAAAGUCACCUACAAGAACCUGAGCACCUGGUACACGGAGCUUCGGGAGUUCAGGCCCGAGAUCCCCUGCAUUGUGGUGGCCAAUAAGAUUGACGCAGACAUUAAGGUGACCCAAAGAAGCUUCAAUUUUGCCAGGAAGUUCUCCCUGCCUUUGUACUUUGUCUCAGCUGCUGACGGUACCAACGUUGUGAAGCUCUUCAACGAUGCAAUUCGAUUGGCUGUGUCUUACAAGCAGAACUCUCGGGACUUCAUGGACGAGGUUUUGCAGGAGCUGGAGAACUUCGAGUUGGAGCAGAAAGAGGAGGAUGUGCCGGGCCAAGGGCAGCGGGGCAGCACCGAGAGCCCACGCCCAUCCUGAGCGCAGAAGCCCAGAGGAAACCUCUCUCCAGGACAGGCUGGGGGUAGGGCUGGAGCCCUUGCAAAAUACCCCUCCUUCGGCACCCAACUAGCUCUGAGCUGGGUUCUGCCCCGCCUCUUAUACAUGCACUCAUCCCGCCCCACCUUUGUUGCCCAUGACGUCCGGCCCUACACAGUUGUCUCCUCCCAGUACUCAAGGUCAAGGAUGGGGUCAGCACCAGCAAACUCCCUGGGCAGGUGUAAGAGGUCCACAUCUCCCCGAAGUGGAAUUAGGGGUCACUGUCAGCCCUGCCACUGGGCCUGGGACAGUGACAGGGCUCAAGGGACGCGCGCAGGUGCUCUAAGAAAAGUAAGACCCUCCUGACAGCGCACAGGGCGUGUUCCUUGCCUUUCCACCAAGGGAUCGAUUUCUAGCCCUGACCACCCCCCACCCUGCUGAACUUGGAGGGCCUCCAUACUUUUCCCAUGGUCCAGUACUCUAGUCUCCCAACCAACUUUUUUAAAAAUGGUUUUGAGCAGAGAGCUAUUCAUUCCAUGAUUUCUGAGCACCAGCCAGGUUUCAGGAGCCCUUGUAGGUGUGUCGGGUGCAUUGGUGCGCAGUGAGACUGAGGCCAUGGGAACAGAGCUGGCUGCUGAAGUCAGAGCAGGCAGUGUCUCACCUGCCGAUUUAGCCAUAGACAUGCUUGCUGACAGAUCACAGGCCCAUGCAACCAAACCCCAAGACAUACCCGCUUGAAAUACAAGAAACUGCUUCAAAGAGAGCUUCCUUCAAACCUCCUUCAGCAUGUGGGGCACGCCUUCACAUCUCGAAGGACUCAUAUGGGCCCUGUGCCCUCGUGGGUGGCCGAGGGCUGCAGAGGGGCCACCUCACUGCCUCCACAGUGGUGGACGUGGUUCCUCGCCAAGUACUCGUGACUCACUAGUAUGUUUUUAUGAUAAUCUCAUGCAUAAUUUGCAUUGUCUUUGUUAUUUAUUUUGUCUGUACUGUUCUCUUUUUUACAAUAAAGGUUGGGUUACAUCAACA